AUGUUUGAUAAAGGCCAGAGAAAUCAUGAUACUGGACGUCCAAAGCUGCCAACUAUCCACUCAGAUGAUAGAUCGCCGCUCCAGACGGCAGGAGCUGUUGCUGAAAAGCCAAAAGGCUCUGCCUCUCUGCAUCGGAAGAACACCAGCAAAAGCUCCACCCUCGGUCGAUCUGACACCCUGUCUUCUAAACCACAGUUGGCCAGGAUGCCUUCUGUACAGACGCGGUACAUGGAUAUGCUCCUACAUCUUGAUGAAAUUCCGCGGAUACACAAUAUUGGUGCCAGUCUGUUUACGUGGAUUAUCCUCGCUGGAUUCCUCGUCGUGCCUGGUACUUUCACCUCUUUCAAGAAUUCCGAAGUCUUCCAGCAGGCCGAAAACAAUAGAGACGACAUCGCUCACGAUAUUGUUCAUUCCAUUGCAAAUAUUGGCUUGCUCUAUUUAUCAGCCGGGUUCUGUGCCGUGGGGGCUAUUGGUUGUCUCUGGAUGUGGUAUCGAUGGAGGCGUAACUACGUCUGGCUCAUUAAUAGGGUAUUUUUGCCUGUGGCUUUGAAUUCGAUUGCUGGUCUAAUCACCACCCUCGUCAACGUCUACACAGCCCAGAAGGGUGUUUGGAGUGUCACCGCUAAGAUAACUGCAAUAGUUACAGGCUCAUGCGUUGGCGUGGCCGGGUUUUUUUUCGCGGUAUAUAAUUUCUGGACACUGAGGCGUAUCAGGAAGUCCCAUGAAUCGGCACUAGGGAUCGAUCGUCAGCACGAAGAUGAGACAAUGGUGGAAAAGGUUAAGAGAAAAGCACACGAGGCUCCAUUGCAGUCUGGACGUGUGGUAUGA